AUGCCUUCUUAUGCAAAAUUUCUAAAGGAGGUAUUAUCUAACAAAAGGAUGCUGCCGGAAACAGGCGUAGAAACACUAAGAGGAAAAUGCAGCGCUAUCUUAGAGUGCAAGGUGCCGGAAAAAGAUUCUUACCCCGGGAGUUUCACCAUUCUUGUCAAAUUUGGUGAAGUUUUGGUUAAUAAAGCACUUGCUGAUUUGGGAGCUAGUGUGAGUAUCAUGCCACUAUAUUUAUGUAAGAGGAUCAAAGCGGAGAUCAAGCCAACAAGGAUAUCUUUACAACUAGCCGAUAGAUCAGUAAGGUUUCCAGUUAGAGUUGUUGAAGAUUUGCCAGUUCAAAUAGAAAAGUUCUAUGUCCGUUGUGAUUUUGUGAUUAUGGAUAUUGUUGAAGAUCAUGUCAUACCUAUCAUUCUUGGGAGAGAUUUUUUGAAGACUGCACGGGAUUUUUUUGAUGUGUUCAAUGGCAAGCUUACAUUGAACAUCUUGGGGGAGGACGUUGAGUUUCAUCUUCCAUCAAUGAUGAAAGGACCCGCUAAUGAAUCACUAUAG